AAAUUAUAUUAUACAAAUAUAAUGUAAUUUCUGUAUAUCUCUUAUAUAAAUAAAGUUACUAAUCCAUAAUUUAAUUCAAAAUUAAUUUACAAGCAGAAUAAAAAAUUGUUAUCUUUUUAAAUCUUUUUUCUUAAAAAUAAAAUCUAAUUAAUAAAAUAUAAAAAAAUAACUUUAAUUCAAGAUAAAAUAAAACAUAACCUAAAAAAUUAGAAAUUUAAUAGGAGAAAUAAACAGAAUCAAAUAAUCUCUUUAUAAAUUAAUAUUGUAAUGAAUAUACUAUAUAAUGAAUAAUAAGAAAAAAAUAUAUAUAUAUAUAAAAUAUAAUUUGUAUACCUGAAAAAAAUUAUUUUUUUUCUUAAUUUCUAUUCUUUUUAAUUUAAUAAUAAUAAAUUUUUAAAACUAAACAUAUACAUAUAUAAUCACAAUCAAUUUUAAAAUGAAUUAAAAUCUAUUAAUAAAAUAACAAAAAUUGACAUUUUAUUCGGGAAAUUAAAAAAUACAGAAGUUUUCUUUAUCGACAAAAUUUAUAAUAGCCAUGUAUGUAUUUUCGUUUAUCAUUCUCUGUGUAUAAAUUGUUUGAUAUUUAAUGAUGAAUAAUAUCUAAAUUAAAUUGACAUAAUAUUAUUAAAAAGAUGACAUUAUAUCAUUUUGGAAACUGUUUAGCUUUAGUUUAUGUUCCAUAUUAUCUUACUUAUAAAUAUUCAGGCUUAUCAGAAUAUGGUGCAUUUUGGAAAUGUAUUCAAGCUGGAGGCAUUUAUAUAUUUACACAAUUAGUAAAAAUGCUUGCACUUGCUACAUUUUUUCCUACAGCAGACAAUGUAGGAGGUGAAGGUUUUGAUUUAAUUGGUGAAUUUUUAAAAUCUUCAAUAGAUUUAGCUGAUUUAGUAGGAAUACUAUUAGUUUUGAACAAUAUUCCUGGUAAAGGACAUGCAAAAGUUUUAACUGCUGGAGUUGGAUGGGCUGGAGCUGAAGUAUUGCUCACUAGGUUUCUUUUGUUAUGGGUUGGAGCAAGGGGUGCAGAAUUUGAUUGGAAAUAUAUUCAAAAAAGUCUUGAAUCUAACAUUAAUUUAGUACAACAUAUAACUACAGCAACACUUGUAUGGUUAUGGUCAAGACAUGAUUUAAAACGAAGUUUUGUUCCAAUAGUAAUUGGCAUGCUUAUACUUACAGUUUAUAGGCCACUUAUCUUAGAUUUUCUAAUAGUAUUUUUUUUAACUGGUCCUUGGUCAACCCUUAUUGUUAAAGCUACAACUACAUUUAUCAUGGGUGUUACAACAUUAUACAUGUAUGCAGGUCUUGCUCAUUCUAUAGGUAUUUUUUGAAAAAUAUUAUAUUUUAAAAUAUUAAUAUUAUAAUUACAUAUAUAUAUUUCUUUAUUUCUUACACAAUUAAAAUAAAAAAUAAAUCUUGUUCUAUAAUAAUAAUAAUAAA